AUGAUCUUUGGACGACUACGAUUGACGAAGACCGAGAAUCUGACGACGGCUACUCGGUCCGUCGCAUCAUUCGUGGUCUUCUUCUCGAUGAUCUUCGGCGGGAAAUGGAUCGUCUUCGCCGACGGAAGCAGCGGUGGUGCCGCGAGGAACGGUUACUCCGGUGGUUUAUGGUCUUCGGCUGUUGCUCCUUCUAAUGUCGGUUUAGCUGUAGCAGUCACCGUCAUGGCCGGUCUCGCCGUCGCUUUCACCGUCGUCUAUUCCCGUAGAGGAAGCAUUGGAUCACCUUGGUCACUGAGGAGAAGAAAGCAUGCUCUUCAACCUAAACAGUGGAAUGCUUUCUUCACAGAGGAAGGGCGAUUAAGUGAUGGAGGUGUCAAAUUUCUGAAGAAAGUUCGCCGUGGGGGUGUGGAUCCAAGCAUCAGACCAGAAGUUUGGCCGUUCCUCCUUGGAAUGAAGGAAUAUGAAAACCUGCGGAGACAGUGUCGCGAAAUUCAUGAACGUAGUGAAAAUGGCUGUGACUCAAAGCAGACAGCUCAGAGCAGCAAAACCGAGGACAGCCAGGUUGUUGAUUCCCAUGAUAUAGAAGAAGUCGAUAGUUCCACGCGAUCCAUCCUCGUGGAAGAAUCAGAGAAGUUUAAUUCAGAAACCAUUCUGCAGGAUGGGGACUGUGAAAAGAGCAAUGUCACAACCGAGGAUGCUGCUGCCGGUAAUGACUCAGACUCAACCACCACCGAAGAAACCGAGACUUCACCUCUUCUAACUAACGAAGAAGCAAAAAGCCACAAUACCAUUAACUCGGACUCAACCAACACUGAAGAAACCGAGACUUCACCUCUUCUAACUAACGAAGAAGCAAAAAGCCACAAUACCAUUAACUCAGACCCAACCAACUCUGAAGAAACCGAGACUUCGCCUCUUCUAGCCAAAGAAGAAGUAAAAAGCCAUGAUACCAUCAACCAAGAAAAAGACACUCGGCCCCCAUCAUCAAAGUCAAAAGCUCAGGCAGACGAGGAGUUCAUCACAACAUGGCAGAGAAUUAUCCGCCUCGAUGCAGUGAGAGCAAAUGACGAAUGGGUGCCCUACUCACCGUCACAAGCUGCUGUAUCUGAGACAAAAGCCCGGGGAAGAGCCACACAGGUUGGUCUCAAUGACUACGACCACUUGGAGCCCUGCCGGAUCUUCCAUGCAGCCCGCCUGGUCGGGAUCCUUGAAGCCUACGCAGUCUAUGACCCAGAAAUCGGUUACUGUCAAGGAAUGAGCGACUUACUAUCUCCUCUAAUCGCAGUGAUCGAAGACGACGUCUUAGCAUUCUGGUGCUUUGUUGGGUUCAUGAGUAAAGCACGGCAUAAUUUCCGACUAGACGAGGUUGGAAUCAGGCGACAACUCUCAAUGGUAUCGAAAAUCAUAAAAUUCAAAGACAUUCGCUUGUACCGACACUUGGAGAACCUUGAAGCACACGACUGCUUCUUUGUAUACCGUAUGGUGGUGGUUCUAUUCAGACGAGAACUAACAUUUGAGCAGACGCUUUGUCUGUGGGAAGUAAUGUGGGCGGACCAAGCAGCGAUACGAACUGGGAUUGCAAAGGCGACUUGGGGGAGAAUCCGAUUACGAGCACCACCCACGGAAGAUCUGUUGCUUUACGCGAUAGCAGCGAGCGUGUUGCAGAGGAGAAAGACGAUCAUAGAGCAAUACAGUGGGAUGGAUGAGAUAAUGAAGGAAUGUAAUAGCAUGGCUGGUCAUCUUGAUGUUUGGAAACUUCUAGACGAUGCUCAUGACUUGGUCGUCAAUCUUCACGACAAGAUCUGA